GCGGUGGUGUUGUUGUUGAGGCGGUAUGGUUCGUCGGCGCGGCCUCAAUCUUUUCCCGUGAGUUUUUGUCGUGUUCUGCGGGUUUCAUGUUCCGCGCCGCUGAGAUCAAGAGCUUCGGUAAAGCGGGAACCGGCUGGCACUUUCGGCGGACGAUGGACGAGCUGGUCCAUGACCUGGUGUCUGCUCUGGAGGAGAGUUCAGAACAAGCCCGUGGAGGGUUUGGAGACGGUGGAGAUCAUGCCCUGGCCGUCGGGUGCCUGUUGAAACGCCAGGCUCGCAAGCGGCGUGGCCGUAAACGCCGGUCCGAUAACCCUCACCCGCCGUGGGACACCUGCCACUUGAGCGAAGGCUCUGAGUCCAGCAUAGAGGAGCAGAAAGACUACCGCUCAUCCACGGCAGCAGGGGGCGCUCACACCCGCGACAACAACAGCGACUCGGAUGAGCAGCUGGGUGCGAAGCGGCGUACACCACUCACUGCUGACUCCGGCAGGGGGAAGAGACCGCUGUGGCUGGACGACUUGAGCGGAGCGGAUGGUUUGGGAACGCGCAGUUUGCGAAGGCGUCGGAAAGUCAAGCGCAUGGCUGUGGACCCGCCACUAGAUGUCGCCACCAUGCUGGCGCCGCCUUCCAGAGCGACAACGGUGGGCGGCUGCAGGGAGGUAGGGUUUAGUCCAGAGGCCAAAGGGAGCAACGGGAACAAAAACAGGGUGAAGAAAAGGAAGUUUAUGGUGCAGAGACUCGCACAGGACACGGCAGACGAAGGCGUGGUGGUGGAGAGCGAAGAGGCGGGACAAACGGCCAAAGAUAAGAUGGACUUUGAGGAGCAGAAAGGCUCAGAUGAGGAGAUGAGUGACAGGUGCGAGACGAGCAGCGUGAGUAACAGCAGUGAUGGGGGUCUGUACACAAACGAUGAGGGAAGACAAGGUGACGAUGAGCAGAGCGAUUGGUUCUAUGACGGCGAGCUGGGCGGGGCUUGUGGAAUCGCGGGUGUGGUGCCGUGGUGGGAGAGAGACUCUAAUGAACUGGACCUCAAUGACCCCGUGUUCAACAGCAUCCUGACCGGAGCGUUCCCGUUAAUGUCACAGGGAGCUCAAAGAGGGUUUCAAGUGCGGCUCGCGAGACAGGCCUGUCUUCAGCAAUCACAGGGAACCUCUCAAGGAAUUCCUGAUAGAUUACCCAGAUUAUCCCAGGAUCCUCAUGACUCGUGGUUCAGCUCUGGGGCCAGAAGAGACCAAUUGCUUUGGGAUUCUCGCAGCGACAGAAGCCACAGGAAAAGCUGCUCUUUAAAGACUGCCAGCAGACAAACAAGUGGUCAUCUUGGCUCUUUGUGUACUGGAGAUAUAAAGAGACGACGGAAAGCUGCACCUGUGGCAGCCCCAUCAUCCUCAGGUAUGGUGGGUGAGGGCGCUGCUCCUCUCCCGGAGUCAAACGUGGGGAACCGUAUGCUGCAGAGUAUGGGUUGGACCCCGGGGUCGGGCCUGGGCCCUGACGGCAGAGGCAUCACGGAGCCCAUACGUGCGUCUCAGAGGCCGAAGGGAGCCGGACUGGGCUUCAACUGAGCUCGAGCCGAGAACAGAGAGAGCAACUCACGCAGAGACGGUGCCCUGGGCCCGGGGGGCCGCCUUUCUCUCCGUUAACCGCAGCCAGCCAGUAGAGGGCAGCACUGAGGUGACAUAGAUAUAGGAAAAGAUGAUGGACAGAAUGAAACGGAAUGACACCUGCACUGGCCCAGACAAGGACUGACUCUAGAGCUGCCUCACUGCCACCACACACACACACACACCGACUCAUUUCAACACAACCGUUAAAGCAAAUUAACUUUGGAAAAAAACAUUAUUCACCAAAAAAGUAUCAUUACAGUCAAAAAUUUGCCAUUUGUAAUGAAAAUGUUUCUGACAGUACAGUAAGAAUUUCAUGAAGAAAUAUUUAACUGCAAACAUCAUAGGAAAAACAAGUAAUAAAUUAUACUUUGCAUAACGAAAAUGAAGCCUGUUCAUAAAACCAUUAAGACUUUGUGUAUUAUGACGUUAUUUUCAUGUUAAGCACAUUUCCCUCAACAUUCUUGUUACUGUAAUGAAAAACUUUAGA